GGAGAAAGGGAAGACGUGGAAAGGAGCCCUCUGGGGGGCUCCCGAAAAACAGAAGCGGUGGUUUUUCUUUCCUGUUAAACGAAUAAAUAUGCAAACACAAUGCUCUUUCGGCCCGCUUCCACGGCCCCGAGCGGAGGCCUGCCGCAGGCAUCCAGGGAGGUCCCAGCAGCGGCUGCGGUCCCGCCCCGCUCCUCUGCGCUCCGCCAGGCCGCUUGCUUUUCCCGGCUCUCACCAGAGAGGCACACGCGCCCCGUCCGUCGCUUCCCGCGGCAGGCGGAGGGAAGAGAAAGGGUCUGUUGUUUUUCUCUCUUCCUUUCUGCCGCUCACCGGGCUGCUGACCGGCUCAGACAGCCCUGAUGGAAAUCCUCCGCGGCUGAGCAGCCCCCCCACCUCCUCCAGGGACCUCGUCCUCGGCUAAUUUGUCUUUGUCCCGGCCGGCCGAGGGAAAGAGAGAGGGAAAGAAGAACAGGAAAAACCACAAACUUCCUUUGAAAACCAGUUUGUAGGCAGGGCCUGGAGCGCACGCCGGAGAGCCGGCCACUCGGCCAUCCUGAAGACGCCGGGAGGCCCCCUGAGCGCCGGGGCGGGCUGCCGCCUGCUUGCCCUCGCCCCCCACCCUCCUCCCGCGUCCCCGGUGCUGGGCGUGAGUCCGGAAGUGGUCACGACCCAAGCGGGGCGCCGCGCGAGUCAACCCGUGUCAAGCCGUGUAAGCUCCGGGGCUGACAGCUGGGAGCAGCUGGCGCAGGCGGCAGCGCCCCUCGACGGGGUCCCCUCCUCCAGCGUCGAACCGCCAGAAUUGAGUCCUCUCCCCGUCCCGGAACCGCAUCCACCUCUUUAAGAGAAGCCAGUUCCACCCAGUGUCUCCCAUCCCUUCCGAGCCUGGAAGCCCAGGUCCUAGCAAUUCCAUCCGGUCACAGCAAGUUCGAGGCAGAAGGAGCCGAAGCCUUCUGUUUACACAUGCUCAGAAAAGCUGAAGCCGGAGCCAGAGUGGCCUUCCACACUGUUCACUUCCCAGGUUUUUCUCGUUCCAUUUGCUCUGUAACUCAAUGACCUUAUUGGCCAGGUCUCUCUUCUGCAUAUCAGAGUCACCUAAGCAAGGUCCCCGAGGUCAAGAAAGGCCUUCGUCCCCCUCAGCGGGACUCUAACCCCACUAUGGAACAAGCUCAGGCGGAGCCCCCAGUCCCCAGCAAGGGCAGUAGUGCAGAAACUGGCGAAUCUGAAAAACAUGAGGUCCUGUCCGGACCAGAGAAGCACCCUCCGGACAACCCUCAGGACAAGGGUGGUGAAUCUGAAAAACAUGAGGCCCUGUCCGGACCAGAGAAGCACCCUCCGGACAACCCUCAGGACAAGGGUGGUGCAGAGGCUGAUGGGGCAGCUGGAGAACGGGAGCCAGGAGACCAAGCUUUGCCACCAGCCCAGGAUGGGGAAAAUCUCGAGUGCCCUCCUCCUGAAGCUAGCUCAAGUCCGUGUGGGGCACCAUCUGAGGUAGAGACAGUAGAGACGUGUUCCAGGCCACAGGAGCUUCCCCAGUCCCCCAGGACCCAACAGCCUGAUGUAGAGUUCUACUGUGUCAAGUGGAUCCCCUGGAAGGGAGAACAGACCCCCAUCAUCACCCAGAGCACCAAUGGCCCUUGUCCUCUGCUGGCCAUCAUGAACAUCCUCUUUCUUCAGUGGAAGGUGAAGCUGCCCCCUCAGAAGGAAAUGAUCACAUCAGACGAGCUCAUGACCCAUCUUGGAAACUGCCUCCUAUCCAUCAAGCCCCAGGAGAAGUCUGAGGGCCUUCAGCUUAACUUUCAGCAGAAUGUGGAUGACGCCAUGACCGUGCUCCCUAAACUGGCCACAGGUCUGGAUGUCAACGUGCGAUUUACGGGCGUCUCUGACUUUGAGUACACACCCGAAUGCAGCAUCUUUGACUUGCUGGGCAUACCUCUGUACCAUGGCUGGCUUGUUGAUCCACAGAGUCCUGAGGCUGUGAGUGCUGUUGGGAAACUGAGUUACAACCAGCUGGUAGAGAAGAUCAUCACCUGUAAACACUCCAGUGACCCCAACCUCGUGACAGAAGGCUUGAUUGCAGAACAGUUCCUGGAGACCACUGCGGCGCAGCUGACCUACCAUGGCCUGUGUGAGCUUACAGCAUCUGCUAAGGAAGAUGAACUCAGUGUCUUUUUUCGAAACAACCACUUUAGCACGAUGACGAAGCACAAGAGUCACUUGUACCUACUGGUCACCGACCAGGGUUUUCUUCAGGAGGAGCAGGUGGUGUGGGAGAGCCUGCAUAACGUGGAUGGCGACAGUUGCUUUUGUGACUCUGACUUCCACCUGAGUCACUCCCUAGGCAAAAGCCGUGGAGCCGAAGGUGGGGGCAGCUCUCCAGAGAAGCAGCUGCAGGUGGACCAGGACUAUCUUAUUGCCUUGUCCCUACAACAGCAGCAGCAGCCACAAGGCAUGCUGGGUCUUAGCGACCUGGAACUGGCCCAACAGCUCCAACAAGAGGAGUACCAACAGCAACAGGCAGUUCAACCUGCGCCAACCAGGGCCCCUUCUCCCCAGGGGAGAGGAACCACAUCUGGACGCCCAGCUGGAGAGCGGCGGCAGAGGUCAAAGCCUGAGUCAGACUGUGUUCUGCUCUAACUGUACCCCUUACAGCGUGGACCCGCCCCUCCUGUCAGAGGCUGACUGGUUCGCUCGCAGGAUCCCCCACUUCAACCCCUGAGGCAUACGGGGUAACUGUACUGCUGGGGAUCACAGCAGGCAGCAGACACCAAGGGCGGACUCGGUACCACGCUCAUCCUUCUCUGUCCUGUCUUCUACUCCAGCCAGGGCCACAUGGGGCUGGACUGGGUGGUCUCUGGUUCCCAACUCCCUUUCCUGGAAUAUUCACAUGAAUAUACAGACCCAGGCUGAUAGGUGAAGUACCUCUCUGCCUGCCUGGUUGCCCCUGGCUACCCUACAGGCCAGUUUCCGUUUGUUUUAGGGUUUGAUUUGGGUUUCUAUCUUUAUUAUUUGUAAUGCCUUCCUAGGGAGUUGGGAAUAAAACUUCUUUCCUGA